AUGCCCGUGCAGGACAGGACACACGAGCUCAGGGCCUGCGUCGAUUCCAUACGAAACAGGUCCGUGCCCCCACGCCACGGCGAAGCAAAGCAACGCCUUUUGAACCAGGCAAAUGGGCGGACGGGCGGGAGCAAGAGCGAUUUCGCGCGCAUGGCCUCUGCGAUAGGAAAGGAUAUCAGCAGCACGACGAUAAAGCUAGGAAAGCUCGCGCAGCUGGCGAAGCGGAAGACAUUAUUCGAUGACCGGCCAGUGGAAAUUAGUGAACUGACGUUCAUAAUCAAGCAAGACAUUGCGAGCAUAAACAAGCAAAUUGCUUCUCUGCAGGCAUACAUCAAGCAACGGAAGGCACAAUCUACAUCCGUUGAAGGGAAGCAAAUCGACGAGCAUAACCAUAAUGUGGUGAUGCUGUUGCAGAGCAAACUCGCAACGACGAGCAUGAGCUUCAAAGAUGUUUUAGAAGUACGGACGCAGAACAUGAAGGAGUCUAAAGACCGCACGGAGCAGUUCAUGUAUUCCGCCGCAUCCGCUGCCAACCAAGCCCCAACCAACUCUGUGUUGUUCCAGCAACACAAUGACCCUAUGGGCGACGGCAGCUCGUUUCGCCAGGACUCCAAAGGCAAAGGACGUGCUGUGUUGAAUGGUGAUGUCCUUGCCCUCGAUCUCGGUUCAGCGGAAGAAGGAACAGGUGGGCAGCAGAACGGCGGAGCAUUCAUGCAGAUGGAACUUGUAGAGCAGCAGGACUCCUACAUCCAAUCACGGUCAACAGCUAUAGAGUCUAUAGAAUCGACUAUCGCCGAGCUCGGGCAGAUCUUUACACAAUUAGCGAAUAUGGUUGCCGAACAACGGGAAACUGUUCAGCGUAUAGAUGCCGACACUAUGGACAUCGCUUCAAAUGUCAGCGGAGCACAACGGGAGCUGUUGAAGUACUAUGCCAGUAUUUCGAGCAACCGGUGGUUGAUGUUGAAGGUGUUCGGAGUGUUGAUAGUCUUCUUCCUCGUCUUCAUCCUUGUUUCCGGCUAA